CGAAAUAGGCAAGAAGCUGCAGCUAACAAAUACAGAAAAUUCAAAAAAACAAACCCAAAAUUCCAUAUGAGGUGACGAUUCUGGAAUUAAUGGGUUCACUGGAUGUAUAAUGACCAAAAAAGAAGCAAAGUGCAGACGCCAUCUCUCUUAUUAUUAAAUAACUAAUAAACAUCUUGCUUCCUAUAAAUCAGAUACAUUGAACCUGGAUAUCUUCUUUUGGGCCUAUAAAACGCCCAUCAACUCCUGAUUGCUAACCGAAAACGCAGUCUUUUCUGAUCUUACACACAGCCUUAGCAUCUCAGUCCCUUUACCAUUCCUAUUAUUUCGGGAAAUGGCUUCAACCAUAGCGGUGUCCUCUGCACAGACGAAAUCGCACCGCCGGACUCCGUCACCAGCGGCGGAGGCGGAGGAGGUGUUGAUGAAGAGGAACGAGGAGUUAGAGAGAGAGUUGAGGAAGAGCGUGGAGAGAGAGGAGAGGACGAGGCGAGAGCUGGAGAGGACGUUGCAGAGGCUGAGGGUGGCGGAGGAUGCGGAGGAGCGGCUCUGCUCGCAGCUCGGCGAGCUUGAGGCCGAGUCCGUCGACGAGGCCCAGGCGUAUCGGGCUCGCUUUUUGUCAUUAAUGAAUCAGCUUUCCGCUGCGCAAAAGCUUCUUCAAACAGCUUCGAUUAAUUCUCCUCUCCCCAAUUAUUGAGAUAUAUAUAUAUAUUGUAUACACGCAAUCUUUCAUUUCAAUUUUAAUUUUUUUUUCCCUAUGCUAGCGAUUCUAUGUCAACCGAAAAUGUUAGUCGAAAAUUUUGAUUAGACUAUUAGGUAGGAGAAUUAUUAUUCUCCUCAAUAUGAAUAUGUACACAAGUUUUGAGUAAAAUUUAUUUAUAUUUUUGUGAUC